AUGUCCGGGGAGGCGCGUCGCCUGCACCCUUCCCUCCCCAAGGUACACUAUCACACUCUCCACUCCCGACCCACCUCUGGCUUUGAUUAUCUCACUCAGUUCUUACCAUUUUCCUCUAAUAAACCCAACUCCAAGACCUCUCUAAACUCCAAUGAGAGGCGUAAAGUCACUGUUGGGUUAUCAAAGAUUAUAAAGAACCAACAUGGCUAUGUCUUGAGGGGAUUUUCCAGAAGCUUCUGCCCAUUUUUUCUUGUAAAGAUUAUGAAACUCUUGUGUUGUAGAGAAACUGCAUUUGGGUUCUUUAAAUUGGCCUUUAGAGAUGAUAGUCAGGACACUGUGGAGUCGUGUUGUGUGGCUUCUCAUGUUUUGGCAGCCGAAAAUUUACGGUUUUUGGCUCAGGAUGUGGUUUCUUGUGUGAUUGGGAGGAUUGGGCCUAGUAGGAGUAGGGAUUUGGUGAGGUGUAUGUGGGGAGGGCAUUGUGGAUAUGAGUCGGAUUUUUCGGUUCUUGAUACGUUAAUGAGGGGGUUCUUGAAUGUGGAAAUGGGUUUCGAGGCUUUGGAGGUUGUGAGGAGGAUGAGGGAGGUGGGAGUGAGGCCGAGUUUGUCAGCGGUUGCGAUUCUGUUCAGGUUGUUGAUAAGGGUUGGUGAUUAUGGGAGUGUGUGGAAGGUGUUUAGAGAUAUGAUUAGAAUGGGGCCUUAUCCGUGUAAUUACAUUUAUAGCACAAUGAUUCUUGCGUUUUGUCGAAAAGGGUUGCUUAGAGUUGGAGAGAGUUUGUUGCAGGUGAUGUGGAAGUUCCGGUGUGAACCGGAUGUUUUUUCUUAUAACAUUGUGAUCUAUGCAAAUUGUGUGAGGGGGCAGACAGCUGAUGCACUUGAGUGGGUGGAGUUGAUGAUUGCGAGAGGAUGUAGACCGAGCAUUGUUACAUUUAAUACAGUGAUUAGUGCAUUGUGUAACAAAGGAAAUAUGGUGGAGGCAAGGAAGCUUUUUGAUGAGGUCCCAUACAUGGGUGUUUCUCCAAACACCGUAAUGUACAAUACCAUGAUGGAUGGGUAUGUUAAGGCAAGGGAUGUUGGUCACGCUAACAUGCUUUUUGAAGAAAUGAGGGACAAUAGUAUUUCUCCAGACUGCAUAACUUUCAAUAUUUUGAUCGGAGGGCAUUUCAAGUAUGGGAGGGAAGAUGAUGGAGACAGGUUGUUGCGGGACUUAUCUGUGUCAGGAUUACUUCCAGAUUCUUCGUUGUAUGAUAUUUAUGUUUCUUGGUUGUGUUGGGCAGAUCGGUUGGACGAUGCCAUGGCAGUUUUAGAGGAUAUGCUUGAAAGAGGAUUGCCUCUAAGUGUGGUCGCUUUUAAUUCUGUUAUUGCAGCUUGUAGCAGAGUAGGGUUAGAAGAGAAAGCAUAUAAGGCCUUUAAUUUUAUGAUUUCAUUUGGUAUAACUCCUUCAUCAUCUACAUGGAGUUCUUUGCUUAUGGGUUUAUCUAAUAAGGGGUACUUGCAAGAAGCCAGAGAGCUUUUGUGUAAGAUGAUGGAGAAGGGGUAUCCUAUCAAAAAAGCUGCUUUUACGGUACUUUUUGAUGGGUACUUUAGGAUGGGUGAUUUAGAUCGGGCACAAAGUUUGUGGAAUGAGAUGGAAGGAAGAGGUAUAUCUCCUGAUGUUGUUGCCUUUUCAGCAUUAAUCAAUGGACUAUCUAAAGCCGGUUUAAUGGAAGAAGCAUGUGAUAUGUUUCAAGUAAUGUCAAGGAAAGGCUUUGUGCCCAAUAAUUUUGUGUAUAAUUCUUUGAUUGGCGGCUUUUGCCACUGCGAUAAGUUAAGUGAUGCAAUGAGGUUGGAGAAAGAGAUGAGGCAAAAGGGUCUUGUUCCAGAUAUCUUUACUACCAAUAUGAUCAUUCAUGGGUUCUGUAGACAGGGGAGGAUGAAGUCAGCAAUGAAUAUAUUUAUGAAAAUGUUCCAAACUGGUUUAACCCCAGAUAUUGUCACAUACAAUACACUAAUUGGUGGUUAUUGUAAAGCAUUUGACAUGGUUAGGGCAGAUGAGAUUUUGUAUAAAAUGUACGCUAGUGGAUGGGAACCAGAUAUCACAACCUAUAAUAUACGCAUGCAUGGAUUUUGUAGUACCCGAAAGAUGAAUCGAGCUGUGAUGAUAAUGGAUGAGCUUAUAUCAAGGGGUGUUGUUCCAGACACAGUAACAUACAACACUAUGAUGAAUGGUGUUUGUGUUGAGAUACUGGAUCGUGCUAUGAUUUUAACUGCUAAAUUGCUUAAAUUGGCGUUUCUUCCAAAUGUUGUUACAGCUAAUGUAUUGUUGUCUCAGUUCCGCAGGCAGGGGAUGCCUGAGAAGGCCCUAUUAUGGGGUCAGAAGUUGAGUCAGUUUUCCGUCUGUUUUGAUGAAAUUACCUACAAAAUAUUGGACAGAGCAUAUCAUAAUAUGCAAGAAGAUCCUGAAACUUCAAGGGCAACACCUGAGAAAAGCCUCUUCCUGGAUUUCCUCAUGUACAUUACAUAUGAUUAUUUAUGUAGAAAUAAACCUCGCAGAGAUGUAAGACAAGACCCUCUAGAAGUAAUUGGUUUUAGUGGCCCUGAAAAUUGA